GUGAAGAGGAGCAUUAGAACUGGCGAACGUAAAUAUGUGGAAGAUUUAGCAAUGACGGCGGAAAAGGCUGCAAGAGAAGGAAACAUGAAGCAACUGUAUGACACAACAAAGAAACUGUGUGGAAAUCACCGUAAACCAGAACGACCAGUGAAAAUCAAAGAAGGCGAGGUAAUCACCAACAUUGAAGAGCAACAAAACAGGUGGGUAGAACACUUCAAAGAACUCUUGAAUCGACCAGCUCCACUGAACCCACCCAAUAUCGAAGCAGCAACCACGGACCUCCCAAACAAUGCUGACCCACCAACAAUUGAGGAGAUUAGCAUGG